CUGGCCUUUAGCAAAAAAAACACACUAAAAUUCAGCGAUACCCCGCGGUAGCCUCGCUGUUAUCGGUGCCUUUUAGCGAUCUACAACCCCGCCAUGACACCUGGGCAGGCACAAUCAAAAGCUCCUGUACAUCCACGCUUUCUGUAGGCUUUUUGACCGGGGGGGUUCAUUAUAAGUCGUCUUUUUUGUUUUGUUUUGGACAACCCAGUCUACAUACACUACCCGAAGUAUGACCCGUUUCCGGCCUUGUAUAGACCUGCAUGCAGGUCAGGUAAAGCAGAUCGUGGGGGGGACGUUGAGCAAUGAUGACUCUGCCCUGCAAACCAACCACGUAUCUCUCCACCCGGCCGGACACUUCUCCAAGUUGUACAAGGACAAUGACCUGACCGGGGCGCAUGUCAUCAUGCUGGGGCCCAAGAACGACGAAGCCGCAAAGGAGGCCCUGGCCGCAUGGCCCGGGGGCCUGCAAGUAGGCGGCGGCAUCAGUGACAAGAACGCACGGGAUUGGAUUGAAAACGGUGCCGAAAAGGUUAUCAUCACGUCUUACCUCUUCCCGGAGGGCAAGUUCAGCCAAGAGCGCUUAGACGCCGUCCUGGCCGCUCUCGGCGGAGAUAAGAACAAACUCGUCAUCGACCUCAGCUGCAGGAGGAAAGGCGACGACAAGUGGUUCGUUGCCAUGAACAAGUGGCAGACCAUCACGGACAUGGAAGUGAAUCAAGAGUCCAUCAAGCAGCUGGAGCCCUACUGCUCCGAGUUCCUGAUCCAUGCAGCAGACAACGAAGGCCUGCAAAAGGGUGUCGAUGAGAAGCUUGUCCAGAGGCUGGCCGAGUGGUGUAGCAUACCCGUGACAUACGCGGGCGGUGGCCGCCAUCUCGAGGACUUGGAUCUUGUUAAACAGCUUAGCAGUGGCAAGGUCGACCUGACCAUCGGAAGUGCCCUCGACUGUUUCGGAGGCGAUGGUGUAAAAUUCGACGAUUGUGUCGAGUGGAAUCGGAAACAAAGCAGCUAAAGAGAAGGGGCCAAUAAUCAUGUCAACGCCAGCAUAGAAAUAUUAAAUAGGGGUCCAUCCCCAAAGCUGUGCACUUGUGCAUUGAAUCCAGUCAGCAGCAAGUAGCGUUGGCUCGAUUGGCUACUUAUCCUCGCAGCAUUAUAGUGUCAUACUUGUCUCGGUAUGGAAACAGUAUAGGGUGGUUAGCAUUGGCUUAUUACCUGACCAAUCAAUGCUCUGGUCUAAUUCAACUUUUCCACCUCAAUUCUC